AUGCCAGUAAAAUGUUGUUUCUACAGGUCAGCCCCUAGGGAAACAAUGGCGUGGAUGGAGUCUGUGGACACACUAUUGGCCAAUAAAGAUGGACUGGAUGCGUUUAGGGCUUUCCUGAAGUCAGAGUUCAGUGAGGAAAACAUUGAAUUCUGGCUGGCUUGUGAGGACUUCAAGAAAACAAAGUCAGCAGCUAAAGUUGUCUCUAAAGCUCAAAAAAUUUAUUCCGAGUUUAUCCAGGCAGAUGCCCCAAAGGAGAUCAACAUUGACUUCAGUACUAGAGACCACAUCACCCAGACUAUUUCUGAACCAACUCUCCAGUGUUUUGAUGACGCUCAGAGAUUAAUCUACUGUCUGAUGUCUAAGGAUUCUUUUCCACGAUUUCUAAAGUCAGAAGCUUAUAAGGAACUGGUUAAAAAGCAACAGAAUCACAAUCAGAAAAGGUGGCUACCAUUUUUGUAA